AUGGCGACGGUUACAACUCAAGUCAUGACUCCUCCGGCUGAGGAUGUUGAGGUUUCUAUCUCAGACCUGGCCUCAAACAAAGCCAACGGCCAGGCCGAUCUGCAAAAGGACACAAACAACCUCACGGAAACCACAGAGCAGCCACACAGUGACGGAGAUAAGGACCAUGGUGUCGGACAACUCCAGGAGCGGUUCGCGGCCAUGGAAGCCAAGCUAAAGCUCAUCGACAGCAUCGUUGAUCUCCGCCAAACAUUCGAGAAGCUCGAGAGGCCCGAACAAGAGGUGUCGAAGGAUGGCGUUGCGAUCGAGUCAAUGACACUGAACGAGCUGUCGAUGCAUCACGAGGCGCAUCUCGACUUUUACUGGGACGCCAUGUGGUUCAUGAAAAGGGCCAGGGACUCGCACGAUUCUCUCUUGAAGGUCAAGAAGAUUAUGAAGGAGAAGCGAGAUGCAGAGUUGUUGGCAAAGUCUAAGAGCUUGACUGGCAAGGAAUCGGAGUCGUCCAGGAAAUUGAGUGUUGAUGCGUUUCUCAAGGGAGAAAAGGCCAAGGUUCUUCGGGUCGAUUGGCUGGUCUUUAUUGCGAGCAAGGGUGAGCUUGAAAACUCUAUCCUGACUCCGAUCGAGGUUGUGUCCUCAGAGCCUGAGCCUCAGACGAUUCUUCAACUCCCUGUGAAUCGUGCAGGAGGGCCAGUCAAGGCAAAGUCCUCAGGCCAUCGCGUUGUGGACACGGACAAAGACCAAGAGUCGGCUGGCGAACGAUCCCUGCCUGAGAGAAUCAAGAUUCACUCUGGCCCGUUGGUGGCCAUAUUCUGCCGAAUCAUGGACAAGAAGGAAUGGAGUGUUGCCAAGGACAAGUCCAUGGUGUUUCUGCGGCCAUACCGACAGUUGGUUUAUCACGAGACCAAGCUGAGGGAGUAUCUUGCGGACCUGGAGAAACAGUUUGAGGGCUAUGAUGGAACUGAGCCGCUUCCGGAAGCAUCAGAGGAACAGGAGGAGGGCGGCAAGGAAGUAAAUGAGUCUGAAGAGGCUUCAGAGUCUAUUUCUGGGAAAGAGUCUAAAGGGAAGAAAGACGAUGAUCAACCAGGGGAGUCGAAUGGCGUGGUUGAAGAAUCACAAAAUAUCGACAAGACUGAUUCUCAGGACAAGCAGGAUGAGGAAAAGGGUGAAGAAGACGAGAGUAAGGAGGAUGAAGAAAAGGAUGAAAAACACAACACCAUCACUGGGCUUCUUCACCUCCGAUGCUUGAUGGACUUUUUCGACAAGAAUAUCAAGGCAAAGCUCGACCAUAUGAACAGCCCUGACUACACUCAUGUCUCAUUCCACGAUGUCUGGCACCUCUUUAAGCCAGGAGACAGGGUGGUUGAUCAGACUGAGAAGCAGGCCUAUGUCAUUCUACGCGUACAGACGCCGCGACACAAGGUUGAGGAGCCGUGGUUGCGUUGGUACAAGAAGCCAACGAACAAGAAUGACAGUGAUAGCGAAGAUGAGGGAGAUGAUGACGAGGGAGAGGAUCCUGUCAUGCUUCACUGCGUCUAUAUCGACUUUGACGGCAAGCAGUUUGGACCAGUCUCGAAAAAGUUCAAGAUUCCCCAGUUUGGCGAACUUAAGGAUAUCAGGUCCCUUCCUGUGUAUCCUUUCCGACAUGCCAAGAACAAGCAUCUUCAAGAGGAUUUUAUCAAGCGUGGCAAGAUGCUUCUCGACGUGGCCAAGUUUAAGCCCAUGUACUACAUGGGUCUCACGCUGGAUACGCGAGAUGAGAUUGAUAGUCAAGUCGUUGUGGAUUUCAACGAGGCGUUGGCUGACGAGAAGAGACGAAAGAAGUGGGAGCCCACGAUUGGACCAGUUGGUACAGCUCCGGAUGAUAGGGAUGAUGAGCCUUGUAUGGCGUCUUGUUGUGAUGGACAGGCUGUGCAUGACGGCGAGUAUAUCGACUCGACUUUGACUGAGAACUAUGUCAGAAGCCUUAUUCCAAAGACUUCUCUUCGAGCACCGUCUUUGUUGUUGUCUCCUAGGCCAUUGGAGGAUUUGGGCAGCGUGGAAGGGCUCACUGAAGAGGAGCUUGUCGUCAUGACGUAUCGAGUAUUUGCCUUUGUGUUGCGAAGUCGAAAAUGGGCUCAACUCGAUCUCACUUUUCUUCGGUACGAAAAUGCCGACGCGAGGAGUGUGUCGAUCAACGCGUUUGAGCGGCUCGAGUUGCCGGCGGGUCACAGAGAGAUGGUCAAAUCUCUUGUCAUUCAGCACUUUCGGUCGAGACAGACGGCGUUCACGAAGGAUGAGCAGACUGAUUUGAUCAAGGGGAAGGGUAAGGGACUUAUCAUGUUGUUGCAUGGAGCACCUGGAGUUGGAAAGACGACUACUGCUGGUUUGGCCCCGCUAUGCCUUGGUAGCCGUUCUGACUUGUUAGGUGAUCUUGGAACUACUGCUCGCGAGGUUGAAGAGGAGCUUGAGAGGAACUUUGCCUUGGCCAGUCGAUGGGGUUGUAUCUUGCUUCUGGACGAGGCUGAUGUCUUCCUAUCUGCACGAGAGCGCAUGGACUUUACGCGAAACGGCUUGGUUGCUGUGUUCCUCCGAGUUCUGGAAUACUAUACUGGUAUUCUGUUUCUAACCACUAACCGUAUCGGCGAUUUUGACGAAGCGUUUGCAUCUCGGGUACAAAUGAGUCUGUACUAUCCAGAGCUCGAUGAGGAAAAGACACUCAAGGUAUCCGCAACUUGUGUCAGACGGCUCUCGCGUUGGCAGAGUUUGACGCUCAAGGAGUUGAAGCAUUUCAAGACUGUGCAGACUGCGUAUCUCAGCUUCGGGGAGUACCUGGGUGAUAUUCGCGGAACAAAGGGCGAUCGAAGGGCAAUUGACUAUGGCCUGAGGGCGAGACAGGAUACGCCCUAUCAGACCAAGGCUAGCCGAUUUGCACAGAAAGCGGAGGAGAUGAGUUCUCAAGAGUGGCACGGACAUGCUACGACCAUGUCUUCUGACGCUUCGCAUUAUCGGGUUGCUUCUCAAGGGGAUCCGUUUCAGCCUUUGAACCAAGGGCACAUGCAGCCCAACCAAGGCAUGGGCGUAUCUUCGCAAGGGUACCGGCAAUAUCAGCAGCCGCAACAACAACAGAUGGCGCCGAUGGGCAACAUGGGCUUCGGCAUGGCCGGACAGGGACCAAGUCAGACGGACCCUCGCAUGAUGCAGAACCAGCAGCCGGAUGGACAGUUCAUGCGGUACCAACAAAACAAUCAAGGUUACCAGCAGAACAACCAGAGUGUCCCUCGGAAUACAAACGUCAACUUUCAGGGGUCGCCUAUUCCUCAGAAUAGCUUCCAGAGUCAGCCUGAGCAGGGGUACGGGGGUGUUUCUGUUCACCAGGUCAUGGGGUCACAGGUGCAAGUCCCAUCGAUUUCCAUGGGAGACUCUUCUUCUCAGGGCUUUGCGUCUGGAUCUCAGACGGGACAGGAUAUGUUUAAUGAGCAGAAUCAUAGACACUUUGUCGGGAAUGAGGGGGGUCGCAUGUAA